AAUUUCCCAAUGCUGCGAGAGGGCAGUUCAAUCUGCGAAGAGCAAAGAAGUUCCUUCUCUUCUACCGUUUCUAUUCUGUAGCCAGACGAAGAUGGUAAGCACAAUCGUGACAAAAACCCAGACAGUCAAGACGUACAAGGGAAGAUGGUGGUGGAGGUCCACUCUUUAUCGAUCUGUUUCAGGCUACACGAAGGGGAGCAAACCUGUUACGAGCUACUUCACCAUCCAUGUAUGCUGUGAAGGCUAUGAAGGGGACGCAACACAGGAUCGCUGCCUUCCAAUAUCAGGACCCGAGGAGAAACUGACUACGACAACAGAGAACGGUGAGCCAGAUAUUUCUCCAUCAUCUGAAACGACGACGCGCGAACUGCCCAGAACGUCAACGUCAAGGCCAUCGUCUACUGUCAAUAAUUCCCCUACUACUUUGCAAAUCAACGAGACAGCCAGAGGAAUGGAAGAUGGUUUGGGUAUGAUGUCAUCUAGGACUCGACGACAGACUACCAUCAUUCUUCUUUCCUUCGCUAUCGUGAUCGUCCUGUCAGUCGCAUUGGGAUGCAUUGUCUACCGCCGAAGGAAAAGAAGCAGAAUACAGAAGGAAGUUAAUAGGGUCACUGCAGAACCACUCCGUGACUUGUCGGAAAAAAGUUCAAACAUUCAGCAUUUCUCUCCGUCGUUCGCCCCAGAUGAUGAAUACGCACUCGUCGAUAAGACGCCCAGAGUCUCAACACCAACUGAAGUUCCCCGGCAAGCAUACGAAAACACAUGCAUUGGUGGAGAACCAGUUGAUCUACAAUCCGAUGGCCAAAACAAGGAGCCACAAGGGGAAAAUCUCUUACUGCACACCAUGCUCCCAAGCUCGACCGGAUGCGAUGGAGAGGUCGACCAUUCACCACCAAACUCUGCUUCUGGUCCAGAUUAUGCAGAGGGCGCCAUGAACGAUGAGUAUGGAGCAGAUGAUUCAAAGCUUACGUACGAUCACCUGGAUCGAAGCCCUACAAAAGGCAACACGCAUCAUGGAGACUAUUCAAAAGAGGGUCCCGAAAGUGCAGGCGGAAUCUAUAAUGUUCUUGUCCAGUCAGAUUCUGCGGAAUCACAAGACAACUAUGAUGCGUUGCAACGGAACAUGUGGCAGAAGGAGCAAUCUGGUAUCGGUGGCUGCGAUCCGGGUCUUGAUGUUCCAUCGCCGGGUUCAAACACAGACCACGUUGUAGAUGCCGAUGACUACGACGUUCUUGAGAGAGUGAUGCCCAAAACAAUGGGUAGGGAACAUCUUGGAGAACUACACCGGAGUCCCGACGAGGCAGAUUAUGGACAUCUGGGGUCAAGCCUUGAAAUGGAUAUUAAAGAGAAUGAUGACCUUGAUAUGAUGCCCAUCUAUUAUAAUGGAUAUAUCAAUUAGAAUAAACGUGAAGUUUUGAUCGCGAACUAGUGAGUUUAGGUGGUAAAAAUUAGGAUCAUGUUUAGACAGUUUUUCACGUUGGUCGCAAAUUGACAUAUUUUGUCGUCAAUAUCAAUGUAAUGCCCUAGCAUAUAAUCUGACUGUAGCUUAUUGAGACAUGCGCAUAUAUGAUACAUCAUGGACAUGUGCCAAUCGCAUCCAUCGUUGUAGCAUAGGCUAUUACGCGUUUGAUUUACAUAGCUGUAUAAGGUUCAAGGUUAGAGCCUUCACUGACAUAAAGGAAAUGAAAUUCCCUAUUCUUAAGUGAACAUUUUGGAGAUAAUGUUGUGACUUGCAACCCAAUAGGCCAAGAACUUAGUUUUGAAAAGUUAAGGUAAUCUCAAUACUAUAAAAGUAAAAACGGUCAAAUGCUUAAAUAUUGCCACUUAUCGCUAUACAACGCCAUGACAUUUUAGAAAUAGACUACAUGAUAUAAGUGGACUUUAUAUUCUUAAUCCAACAAAAGAGAAUCGAAAAUCAAUGUUCAUAUACUGGAAAUCGAUUUUACUUGAAAGCACUUGGACAUUACCACUGCACAAUGUAAAUGCUUUCAAGAUAGCACUGGGUAUUAUAUUGUAAUUAUACCUACGAAAUGCAUUACAAUUCUAAAGAAUGUUUAGCAUAUUUAUACUGUACAAUAGGUAUUCUCUAUUCUUGUUUUUUUUUUUUUUUUUUAAAGACUUCGAGUUCACUAUGCAUGCUAGGUCACAACAAAUGUCAAGUGGUGUUGGAAGCCAGACUAGCAGCAGAAACUUAAAAGAAUUCACGACAAAUGUCCAUAAUGUCGCCACCCGAGACGAGACGAAGUUUGCAACCAAAAUCGUGAAACUGUCCCAAACUGGCGACCAAAGUUGCAGAACAAAAAUCAAACAGUACAAGAAAUACAAAGCAAAUGAAUUUCAUUUUAUUAAGUUUAUUUCCAAUUCCAAAAUAGAAGACUGGCCUGACUAUUAAGAGCACAAUCAUGUCCUGUUAUCGGGCCAUAAAGCAUUGGAAUUCUCUUCCCAUUGAAGUACAUGGGAUAA